AACAUUAAAACUUUGGAUUUUUGUGGACUUUCGAGCAAACAUUUCGGUUCGGCCCUUACCUCCUUAGCAGAAUAUAUGGGUCGUUUAAGAUUGGUUCAAGAUUAUGAGGAUGAUGAUGAAAAGGAGCCGACUUACUCAUUCCAAAGUGUAAAGAAUGUAGCAUUACCAGACCUUCAACGUCUUUCUUUACACAAUUGUUCAAUCAUCUCGGAAUAUUCCACCAUACUUACCCUACUUGCACACGCACCAAAUAUCACUCACCUUGAUUUGGGUGGUUGUUCCGUUAGUGAGAUGACACUUAAUUUCCUUGCAACUCAAACCAACGUUACAAAAAACUUAACCCAUUUAUUACUCGCCAGAUGUAAACAUAUUUCUUCUGAGGCUAUCGCUUCUUUGAUAAUUCAAUGUGAAAAUUUGAGAGUUCUCAACCUUUACGAUAUUGCCACCGCUAUUAGCGAAUAUGAUCUUAUUACCAUUUUAAGAUCUCAAACCGCCAAAAGAUUUCAAUCUUUGGAUCUUGGUUCGUCUUACGUCACAUCACGUGUUUUACAUGCCAUACAGGAAAAUUGCACCUCAGCUUUACAACACCUUGGAAUCGCAUUAGCUCAAAUUCCGUUAACCAUUCAAUUAAAUGAAUUUCUAACGUCGAUGCCAAGCAUUCAGUACAUUGAUCUUACUGGUGUGAAGUGCUUGACACCAAUAAGCAUUAGAGGCCUUUUAGAUAAUUUACAAACGAAUCAUUCACUUCAUACCGUUGAAAUGAGCGAAUCUUUAAUCAAAAACCUUUGUGCCAUCAAAGGAUGGAAGAUCAAUGACAACUUUAGUAGAAGGUAUUGUUACACAAAACUAUCCCAUGGAAGAAGGAAGAGUCCAUUCGAGAAAAUUGGAUGUGGCUGA